CCGAACUGUUCAUGCGGACGAGUGCCAAGCCGUAUCUCCCUCUGAUUUAGCUCCCUCCCCGCACAUCAAAAAUCAUCCGCACACGACUUACCUACAUUCCAGCAACAAACCCAGAACAUCCCUCUGCUUGCUCGUCUCUCAAUAAUUUGCAGCCAAAAUCGAAUCGAACUGAUCAAGCGAUCGCCAUGCCCUUCUUAUCCACACCAAACGCAUUCCUGGAGCAAUCCUCCCUAUUACUCGAGGCAUAUCCAGAAGCCACGCGAAUAACAACGAAAUACUCCUACCCCAGCAGCCACACACCAAGCAACAAAAUCACAAAACCUCAAGCUCCAAACACAACCACCCCAACAACUACAAAACCAGCGACGUCAGAUGCUCCCCCGGCCGUAGCCACUCUCACACUCAAAACGUAUAACCCCGUCACGGGAAUCUGUCUGAAAUACCGCACGAACAAAGCCGCCGAAGUGGGCCGACUGAUUUCAGGGCUGGGCAAGUUGGCGGCGGGCGUAAAGAUUUCGGAGGAUGACGGUGCUGGGGCUGGGACUGGUGGUGCUGGGGAUGUGGAAAUGACAGAUGUGCCGGCACCAGCACCAGCACCAGCAGCAACAGUACCGGCUGCAGCGACGCCGCCAGCUGGGUCGGGAGGGAAGAAGAAGAAGGGAGGGAAGGGGAAGAGGUGAUUAAUUAACUCUAGAGAUGAGUAUAUGGGAAAUUAUUCUGCGUUUACGUCUUGCGGAGCAGCAGGCAGUUCGGUUUCGUGUAUAUAAUAUUACUGUUAAUGAUAGAGGUAAUACCAUACCACAGAUCACGUCUUGUGUCUACUACAAUCGUCAUACAGACAUUGAUGCUUCGAAAUGUACAUGGAGUGGCUGUUGAUUAGCGUGGGCAAUCUGUGCUGUUGUGUUUAUGUAAAUGAUGUGCAAUGGAAUACGCAUUUUCUACAAUGGGUAAAAGAUCUC